GCCCUCCCCUCUUUCUCUCCUCCAGCAGCUUUAGACAAACUUUUCAGCGUCUCUUGGCACAAGGCAGGCUGCACAAGCGCCUUAUUGCAUCCUGAAGCUGGAUGGAGGUCUGGUGGACAUGUAGUUGAUCUGUUUGGAUAGCUGCUCUCUGCGUCCCUGGAAGGAGAUAUAUACCCCGGCUGUGGGGUGUUCCUAGCAUUUGUCUGGGUGUUUAUUUAGGUAUUUUUUGUGCGGGAUCUGCUGGGAAUCUGCAAGAGGGUUCCGUGGAGUCUGAUCCUCGGAAUAUUGAGACAGCAUCAGAUUGUCGCCGACCAAUGCAGGUUACACAGAGAACGCUCAGACUGCACUGGGUAUGGACAACUCUCCUGACUCUUGGAGGUCAACAAUAGUUUGUGAGGUGAGGUUCAAAGCGAAAAUAAAGAAUUUAUAUACUGCUUAAGGACGGAUUUUUGGAGAAGCCCAUCAGUCAUGCCUUUUAAACUGAAACUAAGGAGGACCAAACGCUACAAUGUAUUGAGCAAGAACUGCUUUGUUGUUCGAAUCAAUCUGUUGGAUGACAACAAGAUUGAGCUAACACAAGCAAUGGAUAGCACUGGGUUACAGUGUCUGGAGGCUACUGCUCAAAGACUGGAGUUACGAGAGAUAAGCUACUUUGGACUGUGGUAUUUCGGAAAAGCCCAACAAGCCAGAUGGGUGGAACUUGACAAAUCCCUGAAGAAGCAGUUGGACAAAUAUGCCAUUGAAUCGAUACUUUAUUUUGGAGUAAUGUUUUAUGUUCCAGACAUAUAUCAUCUAAAAGAGCGUGUCUCCAAAUACCAGUACUAUCUCCAGAUGAGAAAGGAUGUGGCAGACGGUAGACUACGCUGUUCUGUAGAGCAAUGUAUCCAUCUAGCUGGGCUAGCUAUUCAAGCGGAAUAUAAAGAUGAUAAUGUGUUUGAAUCCCAAGAGUCCAUCUUAGAGAAACGUCUGUUUCCUGUGGCCUGGACUAAAGAUAAGGCGAUCCUGGAAGAGCUGUUUAAUAAACUGAAUAUGGAACACACAGCUUACAGUGCUUUGCCACCCGAAGAGGCUGAACUCCUGUACAUUAAAGUGGUCGAGCAUCUUGAUGGCUACGGCCAGGAAUGUUUUCAUGUGAAGGACAGUCAUGGAAAUGAUAUAAACCUUUGUAUCUUUUUCGUGGGGAUUUUUGUGACUGACAAUACUGGACAACUAACAGCCAUUUACAGGUGGAAUGAUAUUGGAAAUAUCACCCACAACAAGUCUGCAAUUGUACUUGAGCUGACGAGGAAAGAAGAAUCUCCUCUUUUUCACACGGAUGAUGUUGAAAACAGUAAAUAUAUAUCUCGAUUGUUUGCUACGAGGCUUAAGUUUUACAAAGGCAACAAAAUAUGCACCGAGCAAUCGAUAACUCCUCCUGUGGUCAGACGCCGGCACACCUGGAACAGGUCCUCCUCGUCACGGCAGCAGCCAGUACUUCCUCAAAGACAUAUUCAUAGCAGCGAGAUAUACAUGUCAGAAGACAAUAUUUUCCAUAUGAAUGAGGACCCAGUAAGUUACAGACCGAUUUCGCAGACUAGUUUGGAUGGAUAUCCAGAAAUUAAUGGGACUGUAUUGAAUGGAAGCGUUUCCAGUGCUCAUAGCAUAAACUCUCUUAACCAUUCACAGAGCAUCACCCAGGCUUCUCCACGGACAUCAAACCUUAGUAUCACAGCAAGUGACCUCAUGACACUAGAUUACCUCACAAAGUUGCGCCAUAGUGCAACGGUUGUGCCGUCUUACAGGCAAACACCUGAAUAUGAAACUGUAAUGAGACAAAAGAAUAGAGGCAUUCUUCCCCCUGAUGGCCAGAAUCAAUCUUUAAGAAAUCUCAACCUUGGAAACGCACAUGCUUACAGGCCCUGUGAUAGCUUGGUUUAUGGUCAGUCUGAAUUUCCAGAAAGACCCCAUUACAUGGUUCUCUACGGACCUCAUACUACCUUUGGAAAUCAAGUUCUGAAUCCAACUGAACGCAUUCUCCAUGGUGUGGCUUCCAACCAGGAAAAUAUUCAAUCCAUAUCUCACACGGUCAGUACACCAGAGUUGGCUAAUGUGUUACCACAACCCACCCAAGGUUUCACUGCUUCUCGUAAACUAAGAAAUAGGUCAUCUCUGCCCCCACCUCAGUACUCACAACCACGACCAGCUAGUAGCACUCCAGACUUGGCAAGUCAUCGCCAUAAAUAUGUUAGUGGCAGCAGCCCAGAUUUGGUGACCAGAAAGGUACAGCAAUCUGUUAAAACAUUCCAGGAGGACAGUGCUCCGGUGGCACGUCAGUCUUUUCAAGAGGUCAGUGAACUAUUAAUGAGACCCACCCAUCGUCCCACUGUGAAAAAACGCCACAGUUUGGAAGUUAUUAACAGCAUGGUAUGUGGCAUGGAGGCUAUGGCAAUAAAUUCACUAAAUGCACCACUGCCCCGAAGGAAUACAUUACGAGAGUUGGUGCACACCGAGGAGACCAUGCAGAAGGACCAGGAUGUUCAUCAACUUCCAUUGUAUCAUCACAAAAAAACUAUUUCUGAUGCCACUAUGUUGAUACACAGCAGCGAGAGUGAAGAAGAGGAAGAAGUAGCUGCUCACAAUCCUGUACGCCAUGCUUCAUCUACAAAUCAAAUGUCUUACAGCUAUCAGCUACAAGCUGCCCUAGCCAGAAUGCCAAAUAAACCCCCUCCAGAAUAUCCAGGUCCAAGAAAAAGUAUAAGCAACGGAGCUCUAAGACAUGACUCUUCAUGUCUCUAUGCUGCUAUAGCUAGAACCAAGGCAACAUGCCAAAGGACAUCACAGACUGCUUCUGUUUCUAGAAAUGAACAGGCAACAAUAAAUGGGGCUUCUCUUGGACCAUCUAUCUCGGAACCUGAUCUUACCAGUGUCAAGGAGAGGGUCAAAAAGGAACCAGUUAAGGAAAGACCUGUAUCGGAAAUGUUUUCAAUAGAGGAUACGAUUGUAGAAAAGGAAAUCAUGUUAAGAAAUUUAGAAAGGGAUAAGAUGGCAGGAUUGGAGGCUCAGAAGAGGCCCUUGAUGUUGGCAGCGUUGAAUGGACUCUCUGUUUCCAGAUUUCCUAUGCUUGAGGCACGGCAGGAGGACUCUGCGAAGAUGCCAGUGGAUGAGAGGUACAAGUUCUUAAGAAAGAAACUGGAGGAGGGGACAGUAUUUACAGAAUACGAGCAAAUUCCAAGAAGAAAGGCAGAUGGUGUUUUUACCACUGCGAUAUUGCCAGAAAAUCUAGAACGGAAUCGUAUCCGUGAAGUUGUUCCUUAUGAAGAAAACAGAGUAGAACUUUCGCCAACCAACGAAAACCGUACCGGGUACAUCAAUGCAUCUCAUAUAAAGGUUGCUGUUGGUGAAAAAGAACUGCACUACAUUGCCACGCAAGCACCUUUGCCUCACACAUUCCAUGAUUUCUGGCAGAUGGUGUGGGAACAUGGGGUGAACGUCAUCGCCAUGGUAACUACUGAAGAGGAAGAAGGAAGAGAUCAGAGUUAUCGUUAUUGGCCAAAACUUGGGUCCAGGCAGAACUCUGCCACAUACGGAAAGUUUAAAGUGACCACUAACUUCCGUACAGAUGCUGGUCGCCAUGCUAUUACAGGGUUGAAAGUUAAUCACUUGCUGUCUGGUCAGGAAAGGACCAUUUGGCAUCUGCAGUUUACGGACUGGCCAGAUCACGGUUGUCCAGAAGAGGCCCAGGGAUUUUUACUUUAUUUGGAAGAAAUCAAUAUGGUGUAUUCACAUGCCAACAGUAUGCAGGACACAAGCAGCCACUGUAACCCACCGAUUGUAGUCCACUGCAGUGCUGGCGUUGGAAGAACUGGAGUAGUUAUAUUGACAGAGCUGAUGAUGCGAUGCUGGCAAGCCAAUGAGAAUGUUGAAAUUCCGGCUAUGCUGAAAUAUCUCCGUGACCAAAGGGUGUUUAUGAUUCAGACUAUUGCACAGUAUAAAUUUGUCUAUCAAGUACUUAUCCAGUUUUUUGAAAGUACCAGACUGGUUUGAUACAUUUUGGUCCUUGUGAAGACCAGAAGUCAGUUUGCCAGUUUGGUGACCUGGCCAUCCCGCAAUGUUGUCAUGGAAUAUAUGCUACAUUUGGAAGACUUUUUUGCAUAUUUUUUUUUGUAAGUGGACUUUUAACACACAGCUUGGGUUUUUCAAUAAGUUGCACCCCAUUUUUUUUUCUUUUUCUAAAGAUAAUUUAUUUUCUCAAAAGCUAUUUAUAUAAGAAAUUUAAUAUUUUCUACAAUGAACCAUAGUUUCGUUGUGAUAUCUGAAU